GUUUCCCUUCAUCUCCCCCUCGAUAUACAUGAGAAGACGUGAAUCUGCUGGUACAAAUACUAUCUUCACUCAUUCCUUUCAAUAAUCCGCCAUCAUGCCUCUAGGUUGGGAGAGAAUCAAUGCCAAAAGAACACAACCAAAUAAUAACAUCGUCUUCAUUAAACCCCUCUCUGGUGAAGAUCAAUCCAAAUCUCAAGAGUUUCUGGAACGAAUUGCUGCACAAUGCACUCCGAUCAUGAACAAGCAUCAUCUCGCCGUCGCAUCAUUAGAAGAAUAUCCUCCCAAUUUAGAAUUCUGGGGUCGCAAUUUUAACAACGGAGAAGUGAUACAGCUUGUACUCAAAUCACCUUCAACGGGGAGAUGGCUCCCAUUUAAGUUUGUUCAGAUGGUGAUGAUGCAUGAGUUGGCGCAUUGUAAACUAAUGAAUCAUUCUGGGGCAUUUUGGAAAGUUAGAAAUGAGUAUUCGGCAGAGAUGAAGGGGCUUUGGGAGAGGGGAUAUACAGGUGAUGGACUUUGGGGACAAGGCGUACUAUUGAAGGAUGGUGCAUUUAUGGGAGAUCAGCUGGGUGAGGGAGAGGUAUUGCCGGAACAUCUAUGUGGUGGAACUUUCAAGUCAAGAGGGGGUGGGAAGAAGAGGAAGGCAAAACCGAAGAUCACUUAUAAGGAGCAGAAGGAGAGGAGAAUCAGAAGGAAAUUUGGUGUCAAUGGAGUUGCUUUAGGAGAUGACGCCGCUACAAAAGUCGCUCUUGAGAAAGGAAAAACGAAUCUUUCCAAGCCCAAAGUAGCCGGUAGUAAACGAGGCCGAGAACUCCGCGCUGCUGCUGCAUUAGCUCGUUUCGACAUGAAAAAAGAAGAGCCAGAUGUUAAAGACGAAGACCUAGUCACCGACAGCGAAGCAGAAAGUGAUGUGGAAGAUGAAAUGUACAUCAAGCCUGAACCCGAUGAUGCACUUGAUCUUGACGGAAGUAGACUUGUGGAUCGGAAGGGGAGGGGAAUGGUCAAAGUUUGUGAAGAUGAGGAUAGAGAUAACGAGGAUGCGAAGAGAGAGUUCGAGGAGCUGCGGGGGAUGGAAAGUAUUGAAAGAUACUUCAAGCCGGACAGCUCAUCAAAGGCUGAACGGGGAUCGCAAGAAGAAGUAACCCCAAAUAAGCCUGGGCCAUCAAAGACAGAUAAGCCUUCUCGAAGCAAAAAUAUCCAGAAGAAUACUCUCACCACAAAAACUAGCUCGAUCAAAAAGGAAUUGUCAAAAACUAUAUCCCCUACAACCAAAUCACAAACACCUCCACUUGAUCCCACGCCACCAAAAACGAACUCUUUGCCCCCAUCCCCAUCAAUCUGUCCAAUCUGCUCUCUAGAAAACCCACCACAUUCACUCACCUGCACAAUCUGCGCCAACGUUCUCCGUCCCGAACACAUACACAAUUCGUGGAAAUGCACAAAUUCCGUUUGCAAAGACGCAUCGUAUAUCAACGCCGGAGAUGUAGCAUUCUGUGGUAUUUGCGGGGCAAGAAAAGGGGCAUGAGAAUACGAGAGCGCUUGUUUUGGAGUUAGAAUUUUGAAUCUCAUUACUUGGAGCGGGGAGUUAACGGUGGGCGUUCCGAGGGGUGGCGGGUGGGGAAAAUUGGGGAAAUAGUUAAGAGCCGGCUAGUUUUUGAGAUUAUGGAGAUUCAUUAUCUUGGGAAAGGAGAAAAUGCAAUCAGGAGAUGUUUGUUUGUAUUAUAUUACAUCGGAGUUAUUUACUCAGUAGGAAGAACUGAGAACUGAGAUUCGGAAAAUCAGAUACUAGAUAAAUGUUCGUUACAUGUAGAUGAGCGUUCACCGGUACGUACGUACGUACGUACCACCCUUUUUCAAAUUCUUCAAAUCUUCACAACUUUAAAGGUGAAUGAGGAGAAUUAGAAAUCAAGUCACCGAGAAUAAUGAGAUUGAUUAACCA